CGGCCCGCCCUUCCGCGCAGGCGCCGCCGGGUUCGCCACAGCCUCGCCCCGCCAGCCAUGCUACUCUUGGGGGCGCUCCGCCGCCCGCUGGCCGCGUCCGCUGCCCGCCUGGCCCGCGAGCGGGCCCGGGCCCGCCCGCUGGUAUAUGCAUCCCUUGCUACAGGGCCCAGACAAGAUAAUGGCAUUUUCUAUGAAAUUCGCACCUAUGACGUUAAGCCGUCAAAGAUGAAGGAGUUUGUGGAACUGAUCAAUCAACAAAUUCACCUUCGCAGAGCCCAUUCUGAGCUGGUGGGAUUCUGGACUGCAGAGCUGGGGGCAAUGAAUAAGGCCAUCCAUAUCUGGAAGUAUGAUAAUUUUGCCCACAGAGCAGCAGUCCGGACUGCAGUUGCCAAUGACAAAGAUUGGCAGGAAAAGUUAAUCACUCCACUUCUCACCUUUGUAGAGAAACAGCAUAAUGAAGUUGCUUAUCUGGUACCCUGGUGUCAACUUGGGAAGCCUCCAAAGGAAGGGGGAGUAUACGAAUGGGUUACUUUUCAGAUGAAACCUGGAGGGCCAGCUUUGUGGGGUGAAGCAUUUCGAGCUGCAAUCAACACUCACAUCAACACAGGCUACACUAAGCUGAUAGGUGUUUUCCACACAGAAUAUGGAUUACUUAAUACAGUUCAUGUGAUCUGGUGGAAUGAGAGUCCAGACAACCGGGCAGCAGGAAGGCACAAGGCCCAUGAAGAUGCCAGAGUGGUAGCAGCUGUGCGGGAGAGUGUCAGAUUCUUGGAGUCCCAGCAAAAUAUGCUGCUGGUUCCUCUGCCAUUUUCACCACUGAAGUAGCCUUCUACUAAAUGAUGUAACCGGUGGCAGAAAAGAUGAAAGACAGAAGUGCCAUCAGCCAGUACCAUCACAUGGAUCUUCAUACCCUUAUGAACUGAGCCAAAUGUUCUUCAGAUUACAGUAUGUGGAUGCAAAACACAUAUGUCUGCCAAUGUAAAUUAGUAAAAUUCUAAAGAGAAGAGUUCAUUGUGCUGACCCUAGAUCCCCAAAUAGGAAUUUAAGUUAUAUCAGUUACGGCAUGAAACUCGCUCUACAAAUCCUUCAUUUUAGCCUCUGAUUUAUUAAUACUUUUCUGUACAGCAAGAUCACCCAUUAGAGCUAUAAGGUAACAUGCUCUUACAAAUGUGCAAUACUAUUUCCUUAGUGUAUUUGGUUACCUUUUUAAUUUUUACAUCUUUGUUAUGUACUGGCUUAAGAAGCAAUGCUCCCGCUUGCUGUUUUGUCCAAAGUAUUAUAUUUUGACCAUCUCAAUGGGAUGUUUUGUAUUAAUUCUUAAUAGUGUAAAAUUUUGAUGCAAUUGGAAUUAUAUCCAAGAGAUCAUGCAGUAAAAGUGAUCAGGCGGUGUUCUGAUGAACAUUGAUCUAGCUAAUUUUAUGUCAUUUCAACUCUUUGUAUUCAGUAAACACUUUUUCACAACUAUCGAUUACAAACAUAAUACUUAGCUAUUUUAAUACUUGUUCAGUGUGCUAAAAAUGAUUGGUCCUUCAUGUUCAAAUAUGUAUCACAAACUAAACUGAUAUACACAAGCAUUUUUUGAAAUGCUUUUUGCCAGACUAUUAAAAGCCAAAUAAAUUUGUGUGAAGCACAAAGCACAGUGUUUACA